AUGAGAGAAGCAAUGGAUCUCGUACAUUGCCUUGUGCCAGAAGAUUUUAAGAUUAGUUUGUCGUGCCUAUACACUUAUGCUAUGAAUUAUAAUCAAGGAACGGCGCAAGCAAAGAGACAUCACCACGGGACUAAUGUUAAUGCUAAAAUAUCUCUACACACUGCACCCUCAACAGGCGAAAUUAAGAGACCGGUAAAUGCACACUGGACAACUUCAUAUGUUAACUUUCUGUGUGACGUUGCACAUCAGAACUCAGACAGCUAUCUCCUUGAUUCCAAAGAUGCUAAAUGUAUUGUUGUCGGCGACAUUCCUCCUGUGUUAAAACCAGGUCAGGUAUGGAAAAGAGAGGUAUAUCCAGAUCACACAUUCGAUCAGUCCAGAAAUAAUGCUGUGACACCAGUUUCACAUCUUUUUGUUGAGACCAAGAUAACAGCACCUCCACCUUUGUCUGAAGGAUGCUUUAGUAUCCCCGAUACCUCUGCAUCGAUCCUUGUUACCCGCACUUGGAACGCAAUGGCAAUUGUUAAUUUAUCUUUUUACGAACUAGAAACAGUUCUUCGAGUAUUCAAUGAUAUUUUCUUGCUAAUGAGUCACAGCGAAUCGACAGAAUUCUCUAAGAAUCUUAAAACUGGUCAGUUAAAAGAAGUGUUUGCUUUUGUUGUUGACAAUGGUCCAUCGGAGGCACCGGCCAAUUUGCAAGUACAGAUGCUGUUGGUUUGGCUUCUGAAGUUUCUCAAUCUUGACAAAGCUACACAAAGAUCUUUUGCUGAGUACUUAAGUAAAAGAAGUUUUGUAGAGAGGAUGCAUGCCGUUGAAAAAUACUUCUUUUUCCAGACAUGGAGUGUUCAGGGGCAUAAAAUCCACAAGCAUGUGGAUACCAGUUCAUUUCAGCACAAGGAAAAUAUGGAGGCAAUGGCCGAAGAUGUUGUCAAUAGUCUGAAAGGUUCGACUUUUGGCGGCAAAGCGAUUUAUCCUCUGACAGGAUCAGGAGACUCUGGUGUUUGA